AUGGUAGAGCAAUUCCGUGAAGAGUACAUGAAUUUGAUCAAACUUACUGAUCAAAAACUCUUGAGCUCUUAUGUAAGUAUUUAAAGAAUGUCGCCUACACAGAUUUAUGUAACAGUGCUUCGCCAACAUCACAUUUAGCCUGGGACUUGAAUUGUAAUAACUGCGCUGGUGGUACAAGCGGAAGUGUUGCCAACAGCAGUACUGUAUCUAACUCAGAACAC